GUGCCCUAGUUCUCCAGACAACCUAUACGAGAAAGAAGCCUUUGCGGCUUCUCACUCCGAAUCAUUUGAACGCACGGGGAGUUUUAGCGUCUAGGUUGGGAAAAAUUGUGUGCAUCUUUGUUUAUCGUCUAAAACCAACGAACACAGCGAGGGAUUCAAGAUGGGAGUCCCGGCGUUUUAUCGUUGGUUGGCGGAGAAGUAUCCGUUAGUGGUGGUGGACGUGAUCGAGGAAGAACCUGUCGUAAUCGACUGCGUCGAAAUUCCCGUGGAUACAAGUAAGAAAAACCCUAACAACAUCGAAUAUGAUAACCUCUACCUCGACAUGAAUGGCAUCAUUCAUCCCUGCUUCCACCCCGAGGAUCGGCCAUCCCCAACUACAUUUGACGAGGUGUUCCAGUGCAUGUUUGACUAUAUUGACAGGUUAUUUGUCAUGGUGCGGCCUCGGAAGUUGCUAUUUAUGGCCAUUGAUGGGGUUGCACCAAGGGCUAAAAUGAACCAACAGAGAUCUAGACGGUUCAGAGCAGCAAAAGAUGCGGCAGAAGCAGCUGCUGAAGAAGCAAAGUUGAGGGAAGAAUUUGAGAGGGAGGGUAGAAAGCUUCCACCUAAAGAGGAUGUACAAGUUUUUGAUUCAAAUGUUAUUACCCCGGGAACUGAAUUUAUGGCUGUUUUGUCAAUUGCACUUCAGUACUACAUUCAUCUUAGGCUGAACAAUGACCCUGGUUGGCAAAAUAUUAAGGUUAUUCUUUCUGAUGCGAAUGUUCCCGGUGAAGGGGAGCACAAGAUUAUGUCAUAUAUUAGGCUUCAGAGAAACCUAAGUGGUUAUGAUCCAAAUACACGGCACUGCCUGUAUGGUUUGGAUGCGGAUUUGAUUAUGUUGGCUUUAGCUACCCAUGAAAUUCAUUUCUCAGUUCUAAGAGAGAUUGUAUUUACUCCUGGACAAGACAAAUGCUUCUUAUGUGGUCAGAUGGGUCAUGUGGCUGCAGAUUGUGAAGGUAAGGCUAAAAGAAAGUCAAGAGAGUGCGAUGAAAAAGGCAGUCCUGUGGUGGCUAAAAAGCCCUUCCAGUUUCUAAACAUUUGGACUUUGAGGGAAUAUCUGGAAUAUGAGAUGAGAAUACCAAACCUUCCAUUUGAGAUUGAUUUUGAACGCAUUGUGGAUGAUUUUAUCUUCAUGUGUUUCUUUGUUGGAAAUGAUUUUCUACCACAUAUGCCUACACUAGAGAUUCGUGAGGGUGCAAUCAACUUGCUGAUGGCAGUAUACAAGAAAGAAUUAAGGUCUUUGGGAGGUUAUUUAACUGAUGGAAGCAAGCCAUGCUUAAGCAGGGUGGAACGCUUUAUUCAGGCUGUUGGAUCUUACGAAGAUAGAAUAUUCCAGAAAAGAGCUAGGUUGCAUCAGAGGCAAGUUGAAAGAAUUAAACGUGACAAGGCCCAUGCACGAAGGGGUGAUGAUGCUGCACCAUCAGUUCUCCCGGAGUCUCUUGUUCCAGUUUCACGGUUCCAUGGUUCUCGUCUUGUUUCAGCCCCAGCAGCCCCAUUUCAACAAUCUGGGCUGAGUUAUAAGUCAAAUGGCUUAAAAUCAACUAGAAACCAAGUUGGCCAAGCAACAACGGAGCUCUCAAAUCUUGAAAUAGGCAAGCCUUCUUGGGGUAAUAAAGACAACUCUGAGCGGCCUCGCAAAGUUGCCAAAUUAUCUUCAGGAGCAACUAUUGGUGCUGCUAUUGUUGAAGCUGAGAAUAGUCUUGAAAUAGAUGUUCAAGAUAACAAAGAUGAAUUGAAAACUAUACUUAAGGAGAGGCUGCGUGAGAAAUCUGAUGCAUUCAACUCAGCUAAUCCAGAAGCGGACAAGAUUAAGUUGGGAGAACCAGGCUGGAAAGAGAGGUAUUAUGAGGAAAAAUUUUCUGCUAAAACUCCUGAGGACGUUGAAUUGAUACGGAGAGAUGUUGUCUUGAAAUACGCAGAAGGCCUAUGUUGGGUUAUGCACUAUUAUUAUGAAGGGGUCUGUUCUUGGCAGUGGUUUUAUCCUUAUCACUAUGCCCCCUUUGCAUCUGAUCUGAAGGGCCUUAGUGAUCUUACGAUAAACUUCGAGCUGGGGACCCCAUUCAAACCAUUUGACCAGCUUCUAGGGGUUUUUCCUGCUGCAAGCGCUCAUGCUCUUCCUGAGCCAUAUAGGAAAUUGAUGACUGAUCCAAACUCACCAAUUAUUGAUUUUUAUCCAAUUGACUUUGAGGUGGACAUGAAUGGCAAACGCUAUGCUUGGCAGGGUAUUGCAAAAUUACCUUUUAUUGAAGAAGCGCGUCUUCUUGCAGAAGUUGGAAAAAUUGAACACCUCUUAUCGGCAGAGGAAACCCGACGGAACAGUGUUAUGUUUGAAUUGCUUUUUGUCAAUUCUUGUCAUCCUCUCUCGGCAUGCAUAAGCACACUUGACAACAGAUGUAGAAAAAUGUCAGACAGAGAGCGCAUUGAGGUUAAGGAACCAAUCAAUCCUAAGGAGAGGGGUACUGCAUGCAGUGGUGGAAUGAACGGUUACAUAUCACUAUGUGUUGGAGAACCUUGCCCACCAAUUUUCAGGUCGCCUGUUGCAGGAAUGGAAGAUAUUGUUGACAACCAAGUCAUAUGUGCGAUAUACAGACUACCAGAUAAGCACAAGCACAUUACUCGGCCACCUAAAGGAGUUCAAUAUCCCAAGAAGAUCGUGACAAUUGGUGAUCUGAAACCUGAACCUGUUCUGUGGCAUGAAGAUUUUGGUAGGAGAAACUCAGAGAGUGGGAGGCAAAACCCUCCAGGAUCCAUUUCUGGCAAGCAGCUUGGAGAGGCAGCACAUCGACUUCUGGCUAACUCUUUGCAAUUGAAGGUCGAAUCUAAUGGGCAUCAACAUAUGAUUAAUGGAGAACUUCGUCCUUAUGCUGCACCAAUGGGCCCUCCGCAUUCAUUGCUUCCCCAUCCAGUGUAUGAUUCCCGCUCAGGAUAUCAUGGUGCAUCAAGACCUGUGUCAACUCCUCCCCCUCAAGGCCCUGUGCUACUGCCACCUUACACUCCUAUUCCUACUCAGCAAUAUGGCUAUACUCAACCUUAUCCUGGACCAUCGAUGCAUGACUCGCAUCAUCAAUCAAAUUAUUAUGGAAGAAGUAACCAUGAACGCCCUAGAUCUCAUCAUUAUGGAAGAAAUAAUUCAUCGAUGGCUCAUGGUAGUGGAGGGAGCGCGAGGCAGAGUUAUCAACCAUCAGAUGCUAAUCAUAAUGCCAGGUUCGUGAAUGCACAAGGAAAUGUUCCUGCAUAUAAUGGUGCAUAUAACAAUUAUCAUCACGGUCAGCACGGCUCGAAUUUCCACUCAAGUAGAGCAUCGAGUCAUCAACAGGUUCACCAAAACUGGGUUCCCCGAAGUAACCCUGGUGGUCCUAGACAGCAUGGUCACCCUCAACAGUCAGCCAAUCGAUAUUCUCAACUAGAUAGAAGAGCAGACAGGAGCCCACAACCCCCACCCUAUUAUGGCCGCUGAUUGAUUCAUUUUCUGUGAGGAAUGUCAGCCCCAAGGAAAUGAAUAUGUUGUACUAUAUAUAUUUCUCCCCUCCCCAUUUACCUGUGCUUUAAUUGAUGUAAUAUUAGCAUCUGUUCGUCAUUCAAAUGUUUAGUCGAGGUUAUUUCCUUGCAUUUUUGUUUUUCAGUAAGCAUGAUAAGCAAAAAUAAUUUGCCAUUUUGGCAUGGCUGCGUUGCUUUUAGUUUCCAGUUUAAUAGUCCAGCCCAAGUGUUAAAUUGUUUC